AUGGACUUUCAUGAAUCCUCUUUCUUCCGUCCAGCGAGUAACACGUCGCCAACUCCCCAACUCCCCAUCCCAGAGCUGGUCCGCGAAACGAGCAAAGCGCAAGGCCUAAGUGUGGUCAUGUUUGAGAAUUUGAACCUCGUUGUCAAGUUUGGUGGUCCUCCCAAUGUGAAGCUGGAGGAAGCACAAGUGAUGUGGGCGAUCGGCAAGCUGUUCCCGACCAAGGAUGUGCCCGUGCCCGAGCUAUUCGGAUGGAGAGAUAAGACAUCCAUCUGGGGUCAGCUGAACCAGAUGGUCGCCUCUAUCAGGCGGAUCCAACAGCCUUCAUUCCAGCCACUUAUUGGUUCCAUCAACUACGGGCAAGUGCAGGACAUCUACUUUCGUGGCGGCGAAGAGGCGAGACCCUUUCAUGCCGUCUCGGCGUUCAACGACUGGGUACAAUUUACCGCGCUUCCAUGGUUGCCAGUGUCCGAGAGACCAGCCGAUCCAUACAGACCGCUCCUCCCCGAUACAUGCAAGGUUCAUUUCACCCACGCCGACCUCCACCUUUACAACAUCAUCAUCUCCGACACCCCGGGCUGUCGCAGCAUCGUUGGGAUUGUGGACUAG